CUGGAGAGGAACGUCAGAGAUACGGUGGAGGCGGACAGAAACUUCAGCGGUCCGAAACCACUGCGACAUGAAAAGCUUGGCUACAUCGGCGACAUGAGGCUGGGCUGAAGUAGAAGGGCGGCUGUGGUGCGCGAAGCACUGUGGGACGCUGGCAACGUGGGGUGGGACGGAAGCCUCCGAGGGUCAGAUCUUGGCGACGCGGGAAGUCCAGACGCCAGAACUGUCUGAAGAAGAGGCCUGAGGGCAGAGGAGGCUCGGGCCCCAGAGAAGGCAAUGGCGGAGAGGCCCGAGGACCUAAAUCUGCCCAACGCCGUCAUUACCAGGAUCAUCAAGGAGGCGCUCCCGGACGGCGUCAACAUCUCCAAGGAGGCUCGGAGCGCCAUCUCCCGCGCCGCCAGCGUCUUCGUUCUGUAUGCCACAUCCUGUGCGAAUAACUUCGCGAUGAAAGGAAAGCGCAAAACUCUCAAUGCCAGCGACGUGCUGUCGGCCAUGGAGGAGAUGGAGUUCCAGCGGUUCGUUACACCAUUGAAAGAAGCGCUAGAAGCGUACAGGCGGGAGCAGAAAGGCAAGAAGGAAGCUUCCGAGCAGAAGAAGAAAGACAAGGACAAAAAACCAGAUUCAGAAGAGCAGGACAAGAGCAGGGAGGAAGACGAUGACGAUGAAGAAAGGCUAGAUGAAGAAGAACAGAACGAAGAGGAGGAAGUAGACAACUGAAGGGGAGAGAGUCGGCAGACUGUGGCACGGCGGAAGGGACCACCCUGCGGUGUGUUUACGGGAAGCCUCUCCCUGUCGGGCAGAGCCAGCCUCUGCACAGGUGCCUGAGACCCAAAGCCUGCUCUUCCCAGACCCAGCACCUGAGUUCCAGAAACCUGUUUUGCCUCAGCAGUCUGAGGGUCUGACUUUUUAGUGUAAGGGAUUCUGAAUGACAGCGUAGUUUUGAUAUUGCUUGUUUACUGAAGUCCAUGGCUGGCUAGCUAGCUUUUUCCCUGCCCCUCCUAAGAAAAAAAAAAGUACUAACUUCCAUGUUGCCUGCUGUGUUCUAAGUCACAGAGGCACUAAAGACUCAGGGGGAAAAAAAUGGGGCUUUGAUCAUGGUCACCCUGUUUGAUUGUACAGUAUUGGGCAACAGGCAUUAAUGGUCAGAAUGGUUGCUUUUUAAGAAAUGACCAAAAAGCUGUGGGAGAAUACAGAAAUCUCUUCACUUGAUGGGGUAGCAUUACUGGCUUGGCUUCUUGGUUUC